GUGUGAGUGAGUGUGUGACUGCAUGUGUGUGAGUGUGUGAGUAUGUGUGUGUGUGAGUAUGUGUGUGUGACUGCAUGUGUGUGUGUGCUGACAUACCUCAGCAUUAAAUCCUCAGGCUCUGAUCUGCCUGAAGGGAGGAAUUCAACCUGGUCUUAUUCAAAUCAACCCCCGACCACACACACACACACACACACACACACACACACACACAUUGGUGUCUGUGUGUGUGUGUCAGACAUCAGGGUGGCCAAUCAGCUCGUUCGUGGGUGGGGCAGCAGAGUAUAAGUGUCUCAGGUGAACAGCAGCAGGUGUAUAGGGCAGGACAGGUGCAGGACGACCACACCAGCCUUGUGCAGCUGCUGCAAACACACACACACACACACACACACCACUGCAGUCAGACAGGAAGGAGAAGAGAAGCCGGGUUUCCAUCAUGGCGUCCUUCGUCCCGGAACAGGGUCUGUCCCCCCCUCUGUGUGGACGCUCUCUGCCCCAGCAGGAGCUUCCGUCCCUGGGCCUCGACCCGUCUGACUUCAGCCUGUACAGCCCUCCAGCUCCUCCAGAGUCCAACCUGCUGCUGUCGCCGUGGCUCCCACCCACCAGCAACCACAGUGACCCCCUUCUCUGCAGGCCCGACCUGGGCCCCACCUGUGGCCCCGCAGGAGGCCCCCCGGUGUUCAGGGGCUUCUUCCCUCAUCUCUACAGUAGCCCCUGGCUGUCCAUGUCCUCCCCGGACGACAUGCUGCGCCUGGUCCGCCCGCCGUACUCCUACUCCGCCCUCAUCGCCAUGGCGAUUCAGAGCUCGCCUGAGCAGCGGCUGACGCUCAGCCAGAUCUACCAGUACGUCUCCAACAACUUUCCCUUCUACAGCUGCAACAAGGCCGGCUGGCAGAACUCCAUCCGCCACAACCUGUCCCUCAACGACUGUUUCCGGAAGGUUCCCCGCGACCAGAACGACCCAGGUAAGGGAAACUACUGGACCCUGGACCCGAACUGUGAGAAGAUGUUUGACAACGGAAACUUUCGUCGGAAGAGGAAGAGGAAGGCCGAUAAUGUGAUCAGCGGAAAGAAACCUUCCUCCUCCUGCUCCUCCUCCUCUGACUCCUCUGACUCCUGCUCAUCAGAGCCCAACCCUAAACUUCCCAGAAUGCACUGCUGCAGCACUGAGCUCCCUGACACUCCCUCCAGCCUCAGCCGCCUCCUGUGUCACCUCCAAGACUCCCUGCUGUCCCCCGCCCCUCCUCCUCUUCCUCCUCCUCCUCCUCAGGAACUCAGCUCCUCUUACUCACCUGGAGGUGUGGUGCCUCAGUGGGACACCUGCAGCUCGUCACCUCCCCUCUACUCCUCCCUCCAUGACUCCAUUGCUCCUCCCCCUCCUGCCUUCCCCUCCUCCCUGGCAGCUCCUCCCCAGCCGUCGCCUCCCCUCUACAUGGACCUGCAGACGGCGUCCUGCCUGCCGCCGGAGCUGCAGGAGGCCCAGCAGCUGCAGGCCCAGUGCGAGUCUCUGUUUCCUGGGGGCUUCGCUGACAUCCUGCCCCUCGACGCUCUGGUUCUCCAGCAGUGACGGAACGUGAGAGAACGUCAUGAGUUUACACUGAGAACUGCUGAAGUUUAACGUUUGUAAAGAGUGUUUGUAUUUAUGUGUUGCUAUGCUGUCUGAAGCUAACAAAGAGGGCGAAUGUCUUUACGGUGUAAAUAUGAGCUCAACAUUUGCAAUAAAAAACGAAAAGAACCAACACAUUUCUGGCGUCGAAUCAAGUGUUUUCUCAUUUUUCACCGAUCACCAAAUCCUGAGCACAGGAAGUCAGUUUAUGAAGUCAUUUGAGACAAACUGGAUUCGCAGAAAUCUGAAAUGAGAUUCGCUCAAAACAAAAACAAAACGUGACAAAAUGAUUCUACAGCGCAACCAGAACACCAAACAAGAAGUUCGUGUGAUUGCCGACAGUCUGUUCAAUUCAAUUCAAUUUUAUUUAAAGUGCCAAUUCAUAACAGAGUUAUCUCGAGACACUUUACACGUGUGUAAGCAACACAUCGAAAUAAAAGAGAAGAGAAUCAGAGAGAAUCAGGUCCCAGGGCAAAACCCCACACUGAGUCAGCAUUCGGCCACAGUGGAGACGAAAAACUGCCUUUUAACAGGCAGAAACCUCCAGCAGAACCAGACUCAGCGUAGACCGCCUUCUGCUGCGACCGGCGGUCUGCCCGCUCUGUCGCUCGUCACCCAACUCCAGCUCUUCUUCAUGGGUUGCCUCAUCCUGCACCAGGCCGACGAUAGCUGCACUCAAACACCACGAUGACACGAAAUGAAGUAAUUAUACUGCGACCUUCGUCCCGAGGCAGUUAAAACCCUGUUACUGUAACGCUGAGAAGCCAGAUUGAAGUUCAGACCCAGUGAGUCCAGCAGCUCGGCGGGGCUGCGCCUUCACUUUGGUUUUGUGUGAAGGGUCACCUCCAACAGGUAACAUCACCUGCAGCUUACA